AUGAGCACCCAUUCCGGUGACGAAUGUACCUCGUUGGGCUUUGCUGUCUUGAAUGACUUCUCUGAACGUAGGUUAAGAAAGGCGUCAAUCAAGGGUUCGAACAGCCCAUCCGCGCCCAGAGCCAGGCAAGACGAUCUUGACGUGCGAAUGGAAGUGCUCCUGCAGAGCCCGACAACAGACCCUAACCAGCUCUCUACCAUCAAUACCUGGCUGCUUAACGGCUUGAAAGCUCGCCAGAAAGGUGGACAGGCCGAAUCUCGAUCCGAUGAUCGACUCGUCUAUGAGCUCUCGAUCCCGCAUCCUGGAAGCAGCUGGGAAGUGAGGCCCCAGAGACGACGCUCAGAACCGGAAGGUGCAGUCUUUCUGGUCUCUCGACAAAUCGAAGAACUUGUCAAGAGUUUGAACAACACCGAGCAACUCAAUGACAAUCUGACACGCAAUGGGCGCUAUUCCAAGGUUUCGGUGCUGCCGAUCAUGUUCGAAACAGUGGAACCUAAACUUGAACUUGAAGAUGACCUCAAUGGGCUCAAGGAAUGUUUCGUGGAACACUUCAACUUUCAUGUCUACGAGAUCUUCAAGAUCCCAGAGACGACGAACGCCCAGUACAAACUGUAA